AUGACCCACGAGGAGGAGCGCUUUCACGGGGGCAAGGACACCACCCUCCCCGCUAACCACCCCAUUAACGCUCUCUCGCCACUGCGCAAGUUCCUUGCCCUCAGUGCGCUCGCAUUCUGCGGUUUGAUGGGCAAUUUCUCUGUGGCGAUUCUUAUGGUCGCCUUCGUUCCCAUGGGUGCCGCUUUCGACGUCUCUCCUGGUGACAUUCCCAACACUAUCGGUUAUCAGCUCCUCGGCGUUGCUGUUAGCUCGCUGAUCUGGUGCCCUCUUUCCAAGACCAUUGGUCGUCGCCCUGUCUACAUUAUCGGCUCUCUCCUCCCGAUCCCCAUCUGUGUUUGGCUUGCCGAGUCCAACUCGUUUGGGGUCUUCUCUGCGGCCCGCUUUGUCAUGGGUCUUUUCUCCGGGUGGUCGCAGACCAUCCCACCUUCGACCAUUGCCGACAUGUACCUGCCCCAGGAGCGUGGCAGGCGUAUUUCUCUCUACGCUAUCGCUGUCGUCAUCUCUCCUGCGGUCGCUCCCGUCUUCUGCGGCCUCAUCGUCGACAAGCACAGCUGGCGUAUCCUCUUCUGGUUCAUCCUUGCGCUGAGCGGCCUCCAGCUCGCCAUCGUCUUCUUCCUCAUCCCCGAGACCCUCUGGAACUGGCACGAGCAGACCGCCACCCCUCAGAUUGAGCAGGACGCCGAGCACAAGCUCUCUCACGAGGGCAAGGAGGCCCCCACACACCUUGACACGAACAGCGCCGUCUCUGUUCGCACCGGUCGCGUGGGAGCCGCUUGGAUGCCGUGGCAGCGCCCUGGCGAGUUUGCCCGCGUCUUCAUCAGCCCCAUCCUCAUGCUCCGCUUCGUCACCAUCACCAUUCCCUCCAUCUACUACGGCAGCCUGUUCGCUUGGUCCGUUGGUAUCACCAUCGUCGCCCCCCAGAAGUUCGAGGCGGCGCCUUACGGCUUUGAGACCAUCCCCCUCGGCUGCUCGUUCCUCGCCUACGGUAUCGGUGGUGUUCUCGGCAAGUGGUCGGGUGGUAUCGUUGGUGACAAGGUUGUCGGCUACUUUGAGCGCAAGAAGGGCUCGCGUGAGCCCGAGGACCGUCUCUGGGCUCUGCUCCCUAUCCUGCCCUUCUUCCUCGCCGCAUGCCUCAUCUUCGGCAUCUGCAUCGACAAGCAGCUCCACUGGAUCGCUCCUCUUAUCGGCGGUGGCCUCUUCUUCUUCUGUCUCUCCGCCGCCACUGGUGUUCUCCAGACCUACGUCCUCGAGUGCUACCUCCCGCGCUCCAUGGACACCCAGGCCGUCUUCACUUUCUGGAAGAUGAUCUGGGGCUUUGCCGUCCCCUUCUUUGUCUACGACUGGGGAACGAGGGUGGGCUUCACCCAGUCGUAUGCCAUCCAGGGCGCGCUGGCCACCGGCGUCGGCUUCAUCCUCUGCCUGGGCCUUAUCUGGAAGGGCCGGGCCAUCCGCAUGGCCCAGGGUAUGCCCGAGUUCCGCAAGUAA